CCCAGCAACUCCGAGGUCUCCUGGCCUUCUUCCUUCCCACAUGCCACAACACACACGAACACGCAAAAUCGAAAAAGAAAGUCGGGCGGCCGCCGCCGCCAUCUCCGGUUACCAUCGGUGGCCUCAAGCACGCGGCGGCGCCGUCACGUGGAUUCCUUCUUCUACGGCAGCAAUCCUCCUCCCCGUCACCGGCCAGAUGGGGGCAUGUAGGACGGCUUCUACGUGUUCACCGGACGAGGCUCAAGGCAUGCAUGUGUUCGAUAUCUUGGGCUACAGCAAGCACAUGGGCAUGGGCAAAGACCCCGAUAGCUUCAUAAGAUCCAGGAUUUUCACUGUCGGCGGCCACGACUGGGCCAUCCGCUUCUACCCUGAUGGAUACGGUAAAGCAUGCCCAGAUUACAUCUCAGUUUAUCUCGAGCUUAUGAGUAACAGCACUAAAGUCCGGGCAUCCUGCGACCUGAGGCUAGUCGACCACUGCACCGGGUCAUCAUCUUCAGUGCAUAAAACGGGACCCAGGAUUUUCAAUUCCGGUGAUGCUACUAAGUUUGCUCCACCUCAUUCUUCUUUCAAAAAGCGAAACGAGAUCGAGGGAUCAACUUACCUCAGGGAUGAUCGCCUGACGAUAGAAUGCAUGGUCACUGUUAUAAAAAAGCCACAUGUUGCCGAUACCAAGCCAUUGCCCAAGAUCGACAUGCCACCAUCUGACAUGACUGCACAUGUUGGCAGGCUGCUGGAAGAAAAGGAGGGAUUUGAUGUUAGUUUCAUUGUUGGGGAAGAGACCAUUGACGCGCAUAGGUUCGUUCUCGCUAUGCGGUCGCCUGUUCUGAAAGCAGAGCUCUACGGGCCGAUGAGGGAGGCGAGGCCUGGGCAGUGCAUAACCAUCAAGGACAUGCAACCUGCCGUUUUCAAGGCCCUGCUCCAUUUCAUCUAUACCGACUCUUUGCCGGGAGACAUGGAUCUUGAGGGAGAUGAGGAUACUGACAUGGUCCGGCUUUUGCUAGUGGCUGCAGAUAGAUAUGCCAUGGAGAGGCUCAAGCUGGUUUGCCAAAGCAUCCUUUGUGACGAUCUGAAUGCAGACACCGUGGCAACCACACUGGCUUUAGCUGACCAACAUAACUGCCACAAGCUUAAGGAUGCUUGCCUUGAAUUUAUGGAAAUGUCAGAUGACAUGGAUGCUGUGGUGGCAACCCAAGGCUUCAAGGAUGUCAAGGCGACUUGCCCAUCUCUCAUAGUGGACGCAUUGGAGAAGAGAAGAAAGUUUCGUAAAGCAUGAGCAGCUACAUAGGUAGAAUUGCCAAAUCAUAUAAACUGCUUGUCGGUAUUUGAUAAAUUUCUUGUACCCACUUGCCGUAGUGAUGGUAAACUCAAUGCUAGAUGGAUCUCUGAAUAGUUAGGUUGAUUUUCAAGUCAUAUGGAUGAUAUGAAUGUUCUCGUAGAUGAACCCAGAUUUGUAUUCAUCAUAUUGCUGAUUUUAUC